CUUGAAAUGGUACAUAAUGUAAAUAUCAUUCAUAGAGACUAUCAUAGUGGAAAUAUUUUGAUUUCAAAUGAUUUCAGUUCAACUCUAUGUGAUUUAGGAAUAAGUAAAUCUGCAAUGGGACAUGAUGAAGAGAUUUAUGGCAUUAUUCCUUAUAUUGCUCCAGAAAUACUUAAGAGACAAAAUUAUACUAUAGCUUCAGAUAUAUAUGGUUUUGGUAUGAUUAUGUGGGAAUUAAUGACUGGUAGAAGACCUUUCUGGGAUCAUGAUCAUGAUACAGAUCUAAUUAUUAAGAUUUGUGAUGGUUUUCGUCCUCCAAUUGUCACAAAUGCACCUGAAGGUUAUGUUGAAUUAAUGCAAAGGUGUUGGCAUUCUGAUCCAAAUAAAAGACCUACAGCAACAGAAUUACGUAAAAAAAUUGUGAUUAUGAAAAACAAUGAACCAGAGUAUUAUUGUGAUGGCAUUACUAAAAUUGUAAAAUCACCAGAUAUUGGACCUGUAAAAUCAAUUAAUCCGGGUGCCAUCUAUAAAAGUAGAUCCUUGAGUGAGAUGAUAAAAUCUGCAGAGUCUACAAGAAGUUUAGAAAGUAUUGAUUCAGAAAUUAGUAAUAACAAAUUUGAAGAUAAUUUAACUAUAAAUGAUAAUGACUAUUUAACAAAAGAAAUUGAAUUGGAUAUUGAUAACGAUACAAGUUUUGGUGAUUCUAAAGAUGAUGAUUAUGUUACUGAAGAGAUCAAUUUUGAUAUAUGAAUUUUUUUUUCUGAAGGUGCUUUAAAAAUUCAGAUCAAAAAUUUUACCAUAAUGAAAUAAAAUUUCAACAAAGUAAUGAGUUCCCAAAAUUUAUUAUUAUAGCAUCAAACAUUAAUUACUAAUAGAAAGAUAAAUCAGAUUAAAAUAUUAUAGGUUUUCAUUAAUACCUCUUCAAACUUUUUAGCCGGUAAAAACACUAGAGUAUCUUUGAUGCGGGUGGCGUCCUUGUUAAUAAAAAUUAUUUGCAUCAUGAGUUAUUCUUCAUUAGAAAUUAGGCGUUCUUUUUUUGAUUAUUUCAAUCAAUACAUUAUUCUACUAGAAAUUUUUUAAAAAAUACCUUUUCUCCACGUAUUAGGUUUAAGAUGCUAGUUUCAACUAUUUAAAGUUAACUUCUUAUGUAAAUCAUCAAUUUGAUAUGUAUU